GGGCAGCCAGGUGAGGACUUUGGGCAGCCGGUGGGGGAGAGGAAGCGGCAGGGAAAUGGGGCUGUGAGAGGAGGGAUGGGGCUGACGAGGGAGAGGCAGGAGCCUCAGCUGAACCGGUGUGCACACAGUCCUCCAAGGCUGGAGCAGUGACACCGCAGGAGGCAGGUGGGGCGAGGCUGCCUGGGGUGUCCAGAUGUUGCUUCAGAUCCUGAAAGGACCCAGCCCCAACCUUCCUCUUAUGGGAGAAUAAGCAACUGAGCUUCCUACCUUCUAUGACAUGUGUCUGGAAAAUGGGGUAGUGAAAACUCUAUGUAGGGUUAUGGAGACAAAACAACCAACAAAUGAAUUCCUCUGUUCUAUCACUAAUACAGGAGCUUUAUCCUUGGCCAUGUCCAUCCCUGCUGGGCUUUUCCUCAGUGCAGAUGCAGCCACAGCGCCUGGCAACCCCACAGUCUCCAGAGGCAGAGCAGGGUGGCCACUCAGCAUCUCCCAAAUCACUCCUCCCACUCCAGGUAGCAGGAGAAACACACCUCAGAAGCCCCUCACAUCUCCCCAGUUUGAACCCCUUUCUGAAACCCUGCUCAAAACUACAAACAAUUCCAGUUCCUCAGCAAGUCCAAUAUCCAAAAUUGUCAUAAAGGUUGGAACCAGCCCACCUACACUCAUAAUGUACAUGAGCACCACAGAGUGCAUCAAUCCAACGAGCUUGAUAAUCACCACUACUUACCCCACCACCACCUGCAAGACACCAACCUCAUGGUCCUACACCACGAGUAUGCGCGUGUCUUCUACCACAGCCCCCACCACAAAAAAACAAUCCAGUGAGACAGUCCACACAAGCCAUAUGUCCACUCAAUCCACUGUUACUACGGGCAUGCCUAUAACAACACUGACAAUGACAACGACCCAACCUAGGGUUUCGACAGGUCCACUGACCACCACGAUCAAUCCUACCUCCAGGCCCACUGCUUUGACCACGAGAGCAACCAUCCCAUCGUCCCCGACCAUUCAAGUUACAGGCACAACAUCCAGUGCCAUCACGACCGUGGCCACGACACCUACCAUGACACCCAUGCUCACAACUUACCACAGCACUCCAACUCCCUCUGUCCCGACAAGCAUCCCCGGUACCUCUUCAGGCCCCUCUUCCACAUCCACAAGCAGUCCCAGCACCACUGGCACAGAGAGGACCACUUCGUCUGUGAUGAGCACACAAACCCGGCACUCAACCACUGAAUCCCACGUGGCAUCCACUCCCACCUCCAUAGACAUGACAUCCACCACCAUGGGAACACCCUCCUCUACUGCAGCCACCACAGGACGAGUGGAGACGGCCGUCACACCCACUCACACCACAUCCACCUGGAAAACCACACUUGCUCCGACCCGUGACGUGUCUACAAAUUCUGUCAUGACAGAGAUUUCUCCUACUCUCCCGACCACAACAUCAGUCACUCUCACAGCUACCCACACUUCUCCAGUGACCACUACCCGUUUAUCAUCACACAGGCAUCCGUCUUCUACCCCUGCCCCAACCACAGAAUCACUGUCCACACUGACUACUACCACUACCACUCUGACCACCCUGACUACCUCACCCCACACCUCUCACGCUUCAUCCACCCCUGCAGUUCCCACUGUAACCUUCACCACAGGCACCACUGAUAUCACCACCCCAGUAUACACCUCAACUUUUGACACCUCGACCACACUCACUUCGCUCAUUCACCCUACUACAGACACGGUCACGACUGCUACCACAUCCCUCGUAACAACACCCACGCCAACCACACCACAUAUGACACCAGUGGUCACUACUUCCGAAAUCUACUCUACACAGAGUACAACCACAACCAACACAAAUGCAACUCUCCUUACAUCUGGUAUCCUGGAGACAACCACCAACAGUGCCCUGUCCUCUGUUAGCAUACCCAUGCUAACCACAACAGCAAAAACCACCACCACCCCACCCAUGUCUACCAAAGGUCCAUUGAUCACUACGUUUGAUGUCACCCCAGUGACUUCACUCACUAGUACAUAUCUGUCUUCUACCCCUGCUUCAAGCACAGAACCACUCUCCAUGUUGACCACUAACACCUCUCUUAUGUCUAUCUUGACUACCACACUUCCCACUUAUUCCUCAUCCACCUCUUCUGCUCCCACUAGUACCAUCAGUACAACCAUUACUGAAAUCAGCACCUCUACCCAAACUUCAGUGCUUGCCACCUCAACCACAGCCACUUUGUCCAGUCCCCUCCGUACAGACACUACCACCCCUCCUAACACACCAUUGGUAACCAUAGGCAACCCCACAACAUCAGGUGUUUCUCAACUGCCGUCUUUUCCUAUGUUGAGUACUUCUACAACUGCACUGACCUCUUCUUUUGUUACCAUUAUCUCCUCUUCAAUAUCUACUCUCACACUGUCUUCAACCCUCUCUUCCUCCAGUGUACAUUCAGUGGUCACUUCUAUAACUAAAUCUUCUCCUACCUCUCCAUCGAACUCCAGUAGAGAAAACACAGAGUCUUCUGUCAGUGCUUUUACUAUUCCUUUAUCUGAAACUUCAAGUACUUCUCCAACCACGUCUUCUGUAAUGGUUCCUAUUAGUAAAACAACCCCAUCUUUUGUUCUUUCUUCUACUGUCCCAUGUCCAGAAUCUAUACCAGUUACAAUAGUGCCCACUUCCCCAACUACUCCAUGCAUUGAAAUGGGUCCAAGUAGUGAAAUUACUUCUAGAGCUACCAUCCCAAUAUCAAUAUUUACCUCUACUACUGAGAUGGCCACCUUGCCUAGUUUCACCAGUAUGACAACUGCCUUUCCUACAAAUAUGGACACUUCUACUUCAGUUGUUGAAAGUGGGCCCACCAAUGUCAUAACCAAUGCCUUUAGUUCUAUCAGCCCUGGGACUAUCCCAAUUAACACAAUUUUGACAAGCACACAAAGACCCACCAGUAGAACCUGGAUGAGCACCAACUCUGCCACCACCCCACAUAUACCUGGCUCUACAAGUCUCCCACCGACCACAGAACCAAGCAGCAGCUUUACAACUGCCAUGAUGACUUCAAGCGAGGUGACCUACCCCACCUCAGCCACAACCAGGACUCCAGAAACAGCAGCGAUUACCACUCAGACUCCUGCCAUCCUUACAUCGCCCAUGAGAACUUUGACCACUACUCAGAUGACCACAAAGUCUAAUUUGACCAGCACCCCAGGCACCUGUGACAAUGGUGGCACUUGGAUGCAGGGCCGCUGCCUCUGCCCCUCGGGGUUCUCUGGGUACCGCUGUGAGCUCCAGGAGAUCUGGUGCCAGAAUGAGGGUACCUGGGAUGGCCUCAAGUGUCACUGUCCCAGUGCCUUCUAUGGCUCCCGUUGUGAGUUUGCUGUAGAACAGGUGGAUUUGGAGACCGUGGAUGCUGAAGUGGGCAUGGAGGUGUCUGUUGACCAGGAGUUCUCUGCAGACCUCAAUGACAACACUUCCACAGUCUACAAGAACUUCAUCAGUUCCUUCCGGGACCAGGUGAAGGAGGUUUACAAAAAUGUGCAGGAGUUCAAGGAUGUGAAGAUCCUGUCCCUGAGGAACGGCAGCAUCGUGGUGGACUAUCUGGUCCUGGUGGAGCUGCCUUUCAGCUCCCAGCUGGAGAGCGAGUAUGAGAAGGUGAAGACAGUCCUAAAGGAUGAGUUCCAGAGUGUCAACCAGGAUGGGGGAAGCUGCCAGAACGACCAGACCCUGUGUUUUAAGCCUGGCUCCAUCAAGGUGAACAACAACACUAGCACGGAGCUGACCCCGACAGCCAUCUGUCGCCGAGUCGCUGCCAAAGGCUAUGAAGAUUUCUACUUCCCCCUGGACGAGGGUAACAGGCUCCGCUGCGUCACUAAAUGCACGUCGGGCGUGGAGGGCGCCAUCGACUGUCACCAGGGCCAGGGCCAGUGCAUUUUGGAGAAGAGCGGUCCCGCCUGCCGCUGCUUCUCCACGGACACGCACUGGUUCUCGGGCCCGCGCUGUGAGGUGGCCGUCCGCUGGAAGGCUCUGGUCGGCGGCCUGGCUGGGGCCGCGGCGCUGGGGCUGCUGCUGGCGGGGCUGAGCGUCUUCUUCGCGCGCUCGCGGAGGAGCAGCCGAGGCGUAGGCCGGUCCUGGGACGACGACAGGAAAUGGUUUGAGGUCUGGGAUGAGGACACCGUGGGAACUUUUUCAAACGUGGGCUUCGAGGACUAUUCAACAGUCAAGUAUGAAGACUUGCAGGUGGCCUUGGGGGACAUAGACACCAAUAUGAAGGUGCAUAUCCAGAGACCUGAGGUGGUCUUGACCUCGCUGUGAGCCCUUCACCUGCCCCGCCAGCAGGAUGGAACCCUCCACGCGGUGACAGUUCCAAGAGAGCCUCAAGACUGGAGCGCCUCCAUUUACUGGUUUUCUUGGGCAAAAUCAGACCAUCCCCUGACCCCCAUCCUUCUCCCAACUUGUGUGAAACCUAACUGGAGAUCCAGUUCAAAUCUAGGGUUUUCUACAGUGGGACCUUGGGGGAGUCAGUAACUUCUCUGAACCUGUAAAAUGAGUAUAGCAUCCUCCUCCAGUGAUUGUCAAACCCAUGUGCUCUGUCAGAUCUCUCUCCCUUCACGCUUUCCCUGUGCUUACAUGCUCUCUCUCAUCCCCACUCCACAAACCCCCUCUGGUCUCAGACCUCAGCCUCUGCUCUCCUUGAGCACCCCUACUGCCUGCUCCCCACCCGCACCUGUGGCCAGCCUGCAGCCCCUCCUACCUCUGCCGGCCUCUAUGGAAACCCUGCUGCUCAGCUGACUCCCAGUACUUAAACCCUCUGAACCCAUUCCUCCCCCACACCCCAGGGCCCCACCCUGCACCUCCCCCGGUUUCCUAUUGUCCCCUUCCUCAGCAACCCUCAACCCUAAAAUAAACCCUUAGCCCCCUGACCCCAGUGCCCCCAUCCCAAAUCUUCCCUCCUCCCCCAGCUCCCCAGCCCCUAGUUAGGUGCAGAUGCCCUCUCUGCCUCUUGGAACUCCCAACCGCUGCUUCCCAUACCCUGGCCCCCAUUCUGAGGCUCCAUCCCUUCCUGUUGUCCCAAGGGCCCUGGUCCCCUUGGAUGGGGGUGGGACAUGGGUGAGGGUGGGACGUGGGUUUCCUCCAGUCCCCACGGAUGAGGAGAAGUGGGGCCCUGAGGUGAGGAAGCUCCCUGGGUCCCUCCUCCUCGUCCUCCCCUUCCCUUACUGCACCCCCCUGCACUUCCCCGCUCCUCCUCCCCCUUCCCCUCCCUGGCCCUGCGUGCAUCCCCGCAGGAACCUCUGAGGCCAGAAGCUCCCAGCUCCCUUUUGCAGGAAGCUCUCAUCUGGGGACAGGAAGCCUGUGUGUCUCCAAUUCUCUCAUGUGAACACAAUGUAACAUUUAUUAUAAAAGAA